AUGGCUCACCCAUCGUUCAAAGAGCGAAUGAAGACUCUUACAACUAUGGCUGAAUCGAAGGUUAAGGCGGCCGCGAAAGGACCAAUCAAUAGGAAUCUCAAAGAUUCUAAACUUUGGUCUCUUAUUUGUCUCGCUCGAGAAGUUAGUGUGGAUACUGAAGGUAUCCAGGACUAUGGCCAACUUGUUUCUGAUAAAAAAAGCCUUGAACAUGAGGUCAGCGAGAAGUCGACAGAAAUUGCACGCCUAAAAGAAGAGCUGGCACAUUGCAAAGACAUGGCGUCAACGGAAAAGUCUUUUUUAAUGCGAGAGUUUGGCGAACAGUACAAAAAAUUCUCUGAAAGAACGGACACAUUGGAAAUUAAUCGGGGAAGAGUGGAACAAUUGGAGACAGAGCUUGAAACGAUGAAGGACAGGAACAAGUCACAACGGGAUAAGCUGGUGUCGAUGGAUAGAAACGCUAAAGCAACGCAAUCUGAGUUCACUCAGCUCGAAAAGGACAUGGUUAGAACACAAAGAGAUUGCACGAUACAUCGGUCCGAGUUGCAGGCUGCACAAGAGAAAUGCGCUGACUUGGAGGCGAGGCUCAGAACGGACCUGGGCCACGAUGCCUUCCACGAUAUCGACGUGACUCGAGUUGAGAAACUCCGAGAUAGUCUUAAGUCUCUGGCAAGAGAAUCCUACGCUAUUCUCAAGGAAUUCAUGUCUGACGCAGAACAAGCAAUGACUCAUGCGACACCCCUGCAAAACUUACAAGGACGCUUUCCUUUGCUCCCUUUGCCAACGGGGCUUACCAAAGAGGCAGUGCUGAUGCGUCGUGCUGCUGGACAGGCGGUCAUUUGUGAAGCUUUAAUGGCACAUAUUUUUCGCCCUUUCUACAUCUCAGAUGAUUUGAAAGAGUCUGCAUAUCAGAUGCUUGAGUUCUUUUCCGAAGACAAAGAACAACAACAAAUAUACCGCCACCAGGUCCUCAGAAUAAUAGAGGAUGAGGAAACGGAGCCAACUGUGGAGCCAGUUAUGAAUGCCGGCAGUGCUAUCUUUAUGGCACUGGACCGGUUGGUACCGUCUGCACGGUUGGAGGAGUUCCGUCACAAAAUAGAGAGGUUUUUGAAUCGAGCAGCCCAGAUGUGGGUUAUCGAAGCUCAGCACGCCAGUGAUCUUAUUGAGGUCAUGACACCCGGAACGCAAAAUGAGCCGCCAGAGACUUGUCAGGAAUACGGAGUACGAAAUGUAAGCAACGCCGGAACUUCAAAUCAUGAUGUAGCGGCUACGCUAUUCCCACGAAUCGCUGUCCGGGGACAAACGCUACACGUUGGACAAGUUGUCUGGUCUGACUCACCAGCCGCUCUGAUUGCCAAAGAUCAGAUCCCGAGUACAACGUUGGGCCGUGCUGCUACGGUGCGAAGGAAUGGCCGACGUAAUUCUGUAGCGGCACGCCCAGCUGCUUAA